GGAGGGAGGGAGUGUUGGUUGGAGGGAAAGAGCGUCAGUACGUCAGAUUGGUUUCUGAGUUGCUCCCUACGACAACAACACAGUGCGCAGCGAGGAGAAAUCAAAACCGAUGUUGAAAGCAUAGUUUCGUUUCCUUCCCCUUUGACCGGCUCCUGUUGUCUCUCUCUUUGUCUUUGUCUGUCUCUGUCUCUCUCUCUCUCUCUCUCUCUCUCUCUCUUUCCCUCUCUCUCUCUCUCUUUCUUGCUGUCUCACUCAGCCAAGGCGUCUUGCCAGAGGGUAGAAGUGUUAAGUGCAGCCGCCCAGCCCGUUGUGAGUGAGUGAGUGUGUGUGUAUGCGCCUGUCAAUCGCACUGACUCCAGUAUAGUAACUCCAAACACUAGCGACCUUAGCAGAAAAAAAAGACUCUCUCUCUCCCUGUAUCUGUUGUUUCGUUGCUCUCAUCAUGACCACUCUCCCGGCUUAUUCGGGAGCUAGGAUAUCAGGAUGUUGGGCUCUCAGAUCAGAUGGCAGCGGCGGUGGUGAGGGCUCACUCGACAGACUCCUCCCUACCGUGAACAGUGGCCUGUCGCCACGGAAACGGACCACCAGCCAGUGCAAAUCCGAGCCACCCCUUCUGAGGACCAGUAAGAGGACCAUCUACACAGCCGGGCGCCCGCCCUGGUACAACGAGCAUGGGACCCAGUCAAAGGAAGCCUUCAUCAUUGGACUGUGUGGGGGUAGUGCCUCUGGCAAAACCACUGUGGCCCGCAAGAUCAUCGAGGCACUGGACGUUCCCUGGGUGGUGCUGCUGUCUAUGGACUCCUUUUACAAGGUGCUCACCCCUGAGCAGCAGGUGUUAGCCGCUAGCAACGACUACAACUUUGACCACCCUGACGCCUUUGACUUCGGCCUGCUGGUGCCCACACUACGCAAGCUGAAGCAGGGGAAGAGCGUCAAGAUCCCCGUGUACGAUUUCACCACGCAUGGGCGACAGAAGGACUGGAAAACGGUGUAUGGCGCCAGUGUCAUUAUUUUUGAAGGCAUCAUGUCUUUCGCUGAUAAGGAGUUACUCAAGAUCCUGGACAUGAAGAUCUUCGUGGACACAGACUCGGACAUCCGGCUUGUACGGAGGCUGAGGAGGGACAUCACCGAACGAGGGAGGGAAAUUGAGGGGGUCAUUAAGCAGUAUAAUAAGUUUGUGAAGCCGGCGUUCGAACAGUACAUCGAGCCCACGAUGCGUUUGGCUGACAUUGUGGUACCCCGAGGUGGUGGGAACAUGGUGGCCAUCGACCUGAUCGUCCAGCACGUCCACAGUCAGCUGGAGGAGAGGAAGCUCCGUUGGGAUAUGGCUGCAUUGGCCUCUGCUCAUCAGGCUCAGCCCCUCCCACAGACCCUCAGUGUCCUCGAAAGCACGCCUCAGGUCAGGGGCAUGCACACCAUCAUCAGGAACAAAGACACGAGCCGAGAUGAGUUCAUCUUCUAUUCGAAGCGGCUGAUGAGACUGCUGAUCGAACGCGCCCUGUCCUUCCUGCCCUCUCAGAUACACAUUGUCCAGACACCUCAAGGACAGGACUACGAAGGGCAGACUUUCCAUGGCAAGAGGAUCACUGGCGUGUCCAUCUUGAGAGCGGGCGAGACCAUGGAGCCGGCGCUAAGGGCCGUGUGUAAGGACGUCCGCAUCGGAAAGAUCCUCAUCCAGACCAAUCAGGACACGGGAGAGCCCGAGCUGCAUUAUCUGCGUCUGCCCAGAGACAUCAGCGAGGACCACGUCAUUCUCAUGGACUGCACCGUUUCAACAGGCGCUGCUGCCAUGAUGGCCAUCCGCGUCUUACUGGAUCAUGAUGUGCAGGAGGAUAAGAUCCUGCUGGUUUCUCUGCUCAUGGCCGAGAUGGGGGUCCACUCUGUGGCCUACGCUUUCCCCCAGGUCAAGAUCAUCACCACCGCCGUCGACAAGAAGGUCAACGCCCUCUUCCACAUCAUCCCUGGCAUAGGUAACUUUGGGGAUCGGUACUUCGGCACUGACGCACCCCCCGACUGGAGUGAUGAGGAGAUGGACGAGCCCAGUUACUAAGGGGCCGACCGAUCGCUGUGGUAACUGAGGAAACGAGGUUUCUAUGGAGAGGGGGGCACGUUCAGCCUCCCUGUCCGGCAGCUACAUGGACCCACACCAGGGAGCUCCAGUGCCCACCGUACGGACCACCACUGUCCACUGACAUCCAGCCAGGAAAACAGGGAUGGGUUUGGGCUUGAACAAAGGACAAUCACUCUAUAGACUAUUUGUCUUUUCACAUUUAUGAGUGCGUUUUUAAGGAAAGUGUUGUACAUAUUUUACAUUGACAUUUUUUAAAAUAUCGUUACAUAUGUUUGUCUGUGGUAUAAUUGGUGUUGCUGUUGUGUUUGUUGGUGGUGGUAGUGGUGGUGAUGUUGUCGCGUUGUGCUAGGAAAAGUGAUGUUUUGCCUUAAACGUUAUGAACUUAACGCUAUCAUCAAAGACUUCGGAGUGCAGUUCGAAAAACUGGUGAAUUGGUGACAGCUGAAUGUCAAUCUUUUUGUCGUUGUUUUGUUGGAGCUCGUGACACAUUUUGGCUGCAUUUCUGUUACUUUUUCACGUCUUUGAAGAGGUUGACCUUUUCGAGGCAUCCGUGGCGUUUUUUGUUGAGAUGCUGCUCGGUGCCUCAACUGCACAGGCACCGCGCAGGUCUUUGAAGGACCUCUUCAUGGAAAAAACUUGUGGGCGUCAUUUCUUUUACUCUGUCUCUGCUGUCCCCCGCAUUCUUUCACUCCCACCAAUUCAAACCUGCUGACCAGACCACAAGCUGCAGAAAGCGCAGGUCUUACUAGCCCUCCCACCCCUCAACCCCUAUCGUUCUUCAGCAGCAGAGAGGCCAAAGACUUUUCUUAAGAGUCACCCCUGUGUUAUUUAUAGAAAUAGAAGCAAGCUCGCCGAAUCUAUAAGCGUUAAAUAAUAGAAACGUUGCCAAUGAAGAUGUUGCCAAGUGUGGCUGUUAUUUUAAUAACCUCAUGCUUGCACCCGAGAACUGAGAAUCAAUCGGUAAUGUUGGCUACAAGGCGUUAUUCAUUCAUUGGCGCCUUGUUUGUUGUCAUAGUCUUUUUGUCCUUCUGUGUAUAUCGUCUGCUUUCGUAUUCAUAUUUUAGGCUCUUGUAUGUUUUAUUCUCAUGAAAUACACAGUAACUUGCUACUUCAUGUCUGUCUGCAUAUAUGGCACUGUACUGUAAUGGGCGUCAAGCUCAGGUACACACAGGUAGCCUACAGUACACACAUGUACGUGCCGUCUUGUCUCACACACACAUUCAUUCUUCUAUCUGUUGCAUACACUACUAGUCCGCCAGUCCAGUAAGUUAUCACAUUGCUUUUGAUGAGCAAAACAUAUCCAAUGAUCACACCAUCUCAUUAUAGCCUAAAAAAAAAACAAUCUACAAACUUUAGCAAACAGCUAUUACCUUUGUUCUCCUUAGUGUAUAGCUAUUUGGCUGAAUGAAAUCAAAAACAAUUGUAGCGCGCAAACAUACCUGACCACACUGUGUUUAAUGUUUGCAGUGUGGUAAGCUGUUGCCUUGACCAUAUAUGGAAUCAGCUGAUACGUGCUUGUGUGUGUGUGUAACUGCGGGUCACUUGGCUUAUCGAUUCCGCAUUUCUAUUUAUGGUUGAAGAAUUGUUAUGUUACCAUGUUUUUAUUUUAUUGUCACCCCAGAAAGCACUUGUAGUUUUUGAAUGCAUAUGCAAAAUAUAAAUCUGUAAUCAUAUCUUAGAUCUCUCAUGAUGCCUUAGUUUGAUCUUUUCUUCCCUCAGUGACUGUAUUGCUUUAAGCUGCGGCAGUUAUUUAUUUCAAGCUGAAACGGUGUACAAGAUGUUUCGGUGUAUUUUUUUUGAAGAUUUGGUUUGUUUGUUUGUUUGUUUGUUUUGGCUUAUGGUGCACUAGACAGCAGUGAUUGUACUAUCCCCCAAAGAUGCAAACACAUGCACCUGUGAAGACUCAGUGAAGGAACAAAUAAAUAAAUAUGUAAAUAAGUAACAAAUGA